CGAGCGAGCGAGCAAGCGAGCGCGAGCUAGAGCGCGAGCGCCUGCGCACGGCGGCGCCAUCCUGCCGAAGGGGAGCCUUGAAUUUCCUCGGGAUUCCGGCGCUGCAGUGCAGAGCCCAGCCGAGCCAAAGGCAGGGACGCCGCCGCUGCCUCUUUCGCUCCAGCCACCCCAAAGGGAUAUUUAUUUCAUUUGUCCUGCUUACUCUUGAAAUCCGCAGCGCAGAGUUUCAGCCUUUGCUUGAAGGGGGACAGGCGAAAAGCAACACCAAAACUGCAUAAUGGGGAAACAGAAUAGCAAGCUGACUCCUGAAGUGAUGGAGGAUCUGGUGAAGAGCACAGAGUUUAAUGAGCAUGAACUCAAACAGUGGUACAAAGGAUUUCUAAAGGAUUGCCCUAGUGGGAGACUGAACCUAGAUGAGUUUCAACAGCUUUAUGUAAAGUUUUUCCCAUAUGGAGAUGCUUCAAAAUUCGCCCAGCAUGCAUUCAGAACCUUUGAUAAAAACGGCGAUGGAACCAUCGACUUCAGAGAGUUCAUUUGUGCACUCUCCAUCACUUCCAGAGGCAGUUUUGAACAGAAACUAAACUGGGCCUUCAAUAUGUACGACUUGGAUGGAGAUGGAAAAAUCACACGGGUAGAGAUGCUGGAAAUUAUAGAGGCCAUUUAUAAAAUGGUUGGCACUGUGAUCAUGAUGAAAAUGAACGAAGAUGGCCUCACACCGGAGCAACGGGUAGACAAGAUUUUCAGCAAAAUGGAUAAGAACAAAGAUGACCAGAUCACACUGGAUGAAUUCAAAGAAGCUGCAAAGAGCGACCCUUCCAUCGUAUUACUCCUGCAGUGUGACAUUCAGAAAUGAGGAGUUUGUGUCAAACACUUUCAUGGACUGCACAAAAAGUUUAAAUGUUCCAUUCGGUUUGCAGCUACUUCCACACAUACACACACACAUACACACACAAAACAAACAAAACUUGCUUGGGACUACCUAUCAAUGGACUUGCUUCUUGUGUUUGAAACACUUGUGUGCAUGAGAAUGUCAAUUGCUACAGAAUUUUAAAAGUAUAUAUUAUAAGAAAAAUAAUUAUUAUACCACAAUGUGAUGUUUGCAACGUCAUUUCAUAAGUCCUAUUCCUCCGAUGCCUGUGCAGCAUUGCCGUGCUGCGGUGAAUUAUACUAUUUAUUGUUCAUGUUUUACUGAUGCUAGCUAUAUGUCUCUUAAACUGGGUAAUGUUAGUGACAACUGAAACCCCCAUGGUAGUGUACAAAUCAGUUCAUUAGCAAAUCUGUCACCAUCCUGCUGUAUAUUAAUAGUGGACAGACUGAGGGAAGCACCUCCCUCCAUUCAUUUAGUGUCUGAUCCAGACAUGUGCUUGUACUGUCGGUGAAUAUAAAUGUACUUCAUUUGCAUGACUUUUAGGUUUGCCUUAAUUCUUACCUCAUUGCAUCCUUUCUAUCAGAAAGAAGCAGCAGCACUAUUUCAGAGGAAUGAAGUAUACGACAAAAUUUGGGAGAGAGAAAAAAUCUAACCCUGCUAAAGUGUUCCCUCAGUCAAAGCUAACAUACAAAUAUAUAUAAUAUAAAUAUAUAUACAAAACACAUUUAAAAUACUGUUUUAUUGGAAGUUUGAAAUGUUUUGUUGAGAGUGUAUUACUUUCUGCUUGAAAUUUUCAUAAGCUUCCAAAGAGGUUGCGAUCAAUGUCCCCAAAUAAAUUUAUAACAUUUGA